GAAUUACCCAACGACAUAACAUCUAGAAGAGGGUUUGCAAGCAAAAUCAACUGCCCAGCCCUUGAGCGCUGUCCUGAUCUCCUGAACAGCGUUUCUAGUCGACAAGCAGCGAGACCUAGUCUCUGUGCCAACAUGGCUACCCACACUUUCACUUGUUUCCCACUGCUCCCGCCUGAGAUUCGACACAGCAUCGUAAAUAUUCUCUCUAUUCCUAUCUCCUCUAGUGGCUCUGCUAUGCCGGUGUCGGGCCUCUUUUCACCCCUUCCCAACUCUGCCUACGUGGCUCUCAACUUUCACUUGGAAACGCAGAUUAAUUGCUUGCAGUGGGCGGAAGCGUCUAAUGUUCCUCGGAAUUUGGAUAUUCGAUGCUCUGAACAGGAAGGACGAUAUGGUUACGAGAAUAGAGAGGCGAUAAGCUGCCGCUGGUAUAAGAGCACACAACGGCCACCCAGUGUGCUCUCGGUCAAUAGGGAAUCUAGGUCCAUCGCUGUCAAGUAUUACGAAUUGAGCUUUGGCGAGGUCUCCCGGCUCCUCCCCACAACCAAAGCGACUAUUCAAGCACCCGCCACGAUAUGGUACAACCGUAAUGCGGACCGGCUGUGUCCCAUGGGAGACUUUUCGGACCCAGGUGCUAAAGAAUUAUGGUUUUCAAAUGGAGCGCCACCCUCAUGUGCACUGAAUGUCAUCGAUCUAUAUCCAAUCUUGGACUCACUCCUUACAUGUGCCCAAGGCUUUGCCUAUUCAUCAGAUCUCUUCUUGUACUGGACUCCGUUCCAUUCGUCCGACAUUCAACAUCGUGGGCAAUUUAACUUUUCGGCAAUGGUGGAAGAGCAGGCUGAUGCUUUGACGUGGCAAAUUCUUUUGCACAGCAAGGACGAAAUCGUUAAACAAUCCAAGGAUAUGUUUCCGGACCGCCCGCAACCAAAGAUUUCUUUCGGGGCUUUGAUUGAGGAUACCGUGCCGCUCUGAUCAAGACUUGGAUUGGAGUAAGCACGGGAAUGGUAAUACUGCGACCACUUACAAACGAGCCUUGAAUGCCUUUCAUUGAUAU